ACUCCGUUUUAAAUCAAAAAAAAUAAAAAAAAAAUUACAACGAUCGCCGGCCACCGGUCAACGCCGUGAGUUUGACCAAGGAGCUUAGGUCUGUGUUUUUUCUUUUUUACUUUUAUUGGAACAAGGAUGGCGUCCAGAGAAGAUGUGAAGAGGAGUGAGGCCGCGGUUUCGACAAUCGUGAAUCUUGCUGAAGAGGCCAAGCUCGCCAGUGAAGGAGUGAAAGCGCCAAGCCACGCGCUUCUUUCUAUCUCCAAGUCUCUCGUCGCCGGUGGCAUCGCCGGUGGAGUGUCGCGUACUGCUGUUGCCCCCUUGGAGAGAUUGAAAAUUUUGCUGCAGGUUCAAAAUCCUCAUAGUAUAAAAUACAAUGGAACAAUUCAGGGCUUGAAAUAUAUAUGGAGAACUGAGGGUUUUAGAGGGUUGUUUAAAGGCAAUGGCACUAAUUGUGCUCGCAUUGUUCCAAACUCAGCAGUCAAGUUCUUUAGUUAUGAGGAAGCAUCUAAGUAUUUCUCCAAUCUCAAGUUCUUUAGUUUUUUUGUAAAUAGGGGUAUUUUAUGGUUUUACCGCCAACAAUCUGGAAAUGAAGAGGCGGAGCUCACUCCUGUACUACGCCUUGGAGCUGGUGCAUGUGCUGGAAUUAUUGCCAUGUCAGCCACUUACCCAAUGGACAUGGUACGAGGUCGGCUAACUGUUCAGACAGACAAGUCACCUCGCCAGUAUAGAGGAAUCUUCCAUGCACUGUCAACAGUCCUCAGAGAAGAAGGUCCCCGGGCUUUGUACAAAGGAUGGCUUCCUUCUGUCAUUGGAGUUAUACCAUAUGUGGGUCUCAAUUUUGCCGUUUAUGAAUCUCUGAAAGAUUGGCUGAUCAAAUCUAAAGCAUUUGGGUUAGUUGAUGAGAACAAUGAGUUGGGUGUGACAACUAGGCUUGCAUGUGGAGCUGCUGCUGGAACUGUUGGCCAGACAGUUGCUUAUCCUUUGGAUGUCAUUCGAAGAAGAAUGCAGAUGGUGGGCUGGAAAGAUGCUGCUUCUGUUGUGACUGGGGAUGGAAAGAGCAAGGUUGAAUAUACUGGCAUGGUUGAUACUUUUAGGAAAACAGUUCGGCACGAGGGGUUUGGAGCAUUAUACAAGGGUUUGGUGCCUAAUUCAGUGAAGGUGGUUCCUUCCAUAGCCAUUGCAUUUGUGACAUAUGAACUGGUGAAGGAUGUUCUCGGAGUUGAGAUGAGGAUAUCUGACUGAAGCAAAGAGGUGCUCCAUGAUUUUCAAAAACUUCUCUGUUCAUUCUGCAAGCAAUUAGAAUAUUAUAAGGGAACUGUCAGGUAUUAUCUAAUUUGGAUGUAGGGGAAAAUUUAGAAUCCCAUAUUUGGUCAAUGUUGAUAUCCCUCCCUGGUUAUACCUAUUUAUCAGGAUCUAAACUCAACUUAGUUUUUAGUAUUUAUUCAUACAUGCAAUAAAGUAUUUAUGAGGAAAUGAUGCAGCAGAUGCAACCCAGUAGUUUUGUUUGGAGUUUGAAGUUAAUUAUUUCCCAUGUCUAUUUGUGACUGGUUUGUUAGUAGAAUCUAAUGCUCUUUGAACUUAUUUGGUUCCAUAACACUUUCUUUCCGCGAA